GAACACCAUCAGCUCCACAUUACUCUGUUAUUAGAUUAAAGGGGUUUCUCUAAAGGAGCCUCUAUCUCAGGGUCCCACAGAGAGGUGCAUUGUGGGACAGUUUGUGCUUUCACCCUCUUUACAUCUGAGGGUCCGUCCCCCAUCAUGUCUCUGAGGCUGCUGCCCGGCUUCAUGGAUAACGACGACGACGACGAUGGGAACUUCACAAAGUGGAUGAGCAGCUACUGGGGCCACGGGGCCGAGGCAGGCAAGACCCGGGACCGGAGGAGCAGCUUUAAGAGGAUCAAGACCCCCGGAGACAGGAGAGCAUCGCUGCCCACCGUGUCUCAGUUAGACGCCAUGCAUCGAAUCCAUGCUGCAGCCAUCUCUUCCUCCUCAGGCCACGGGAAAUCAAGGGAGGAGAAGGGGGAGGUCAGGGGUGAGAUUAAGGGGGAGGUGAGGCAGCACCAGAGAGCUCGCCGAGCCUCCUCAGACGACAACACCCGGUCCAAAACACCGGUACCAGAGAACCGGAUCAGCACCAUCCCCGAGCUCACCGAGUACUUCGAGAGGAGGCUGCAGCUGAGGGACACGAGGAGCGAGGCCCCGGAUGAUGAGGACAGGUUGUGUCCACUCUGUCAGGAGGAGAUGCUGAGGAGCGGGGAGAAAUCUCUGGUCUGUAAACACCGCUGCCCCAAAGAGGGGUCCUAUCGGGGGGAGCAGUGUCGGCCCCACAGCGGCAGCGAGGCGACGGCCUGUCAGGUGACGAGGCCCUCAGAGGAGAGGAGGAGGUCUGAGGACGGACAAAUCUCCUCUCAGAGGGAACCACACACAUUCUGCAGGAAACUGUCCCUGAGGAGACAUCGCUGAUAUCACUGUGAG